AUGGCCUGGCUCUUCUGCAUUAAUGAACCGUCCAAACAACCGCCAACAGGCAAAUUUGAUCUAGAUAAUUCCUCGUCAGGGCUCACUUCUGAGGAGAGCUCGCUGAGCCCCAGCGCUGCAGGGAAGGGCAGGGAGUGCGGUGGCGCGCGGGGCUCGCCAGCCGCUGGCUCGGGAACCCCGCACCGGUUCGCCCCCGGGCGCUCCGGGGUGCGGGGCGCAGGGUGGGCGGCCGGCGGGCGCCUCCAGCCCCGCGGGAGCCGAGGACCGCCGCCCGGGCUGGCUGAGCACUGCGCAAAGCCGCGGGGAGCCGGAGCCGGAGCCCUCCCGGGGCAGCGCCGGGCCCCCGGCGGGCCGCGCGCACCCUCCCGGCCCCGAGCCCACUCACCGUCCGCGCCUCCCGGGUCCCGCUUGCGCCGCUUGCCCGCAGAGCCGGGCCGGACACCAGCGGCCGCCGCGCCGCCAGGAGGCCCCGCCAGCCCCGCCCCGCCCUGCGGCCGCCCGCGCGCCCGCCCUCCCGGGAGGAGGAGCGGCCGCUCUGCGUCCCGACCCUCCCGGCCGCCCCUCGCGGGCCCUCCCGGGAAGCUCCCCGGAACCCUGUCCCGUGCGCGCCCUCCCCAGCACCCGCUCCCCACCCUGCAGCUCUCAUCCUCACCUCGACCUCAGCGCUCCCCAUCCACCCCUCCUCCAGGAAGCCUUCCCUGUUUCGCAGUCCCACCCUACCCCAGAUCUCACCCCAGCCCGCACACCCACCGUCCACGCAGCCCCGUGGACCAGCCCUUCACCUGGAGCAAACCACAGUGGUGGAAAGGCACGCAGCGAUGCCCAGGAACUAACGCCGGGCCCGUCCCUGAGGUCACCCCGGUAGCAGACCUGGCAUUAGACACGAGAUCUCAGGCCCCAGUUUCGCUCUUUUUUUUUCCCAGGGAAGGUGGCAUUACCGGGCCAAGCGUGAGGGCCAGAGCAAAGCCUUGCCAUUCCCAAGCCUCGGGACACUGGUUUCCGCGGGUUGUCGUUCCGAGGAAAGAACUGCAGAAACGUCACGUGGCCUCCACUGUUUCAGGAAACCACGCAGCAGCAGCGGAAGAGAGACUGCACGGCGAGGAAAAGCGUUCGCGCACGCAGUUACGAGCGCUUGCUGCUCGGGCAGACCCGGUUCAAUUCUCAGCACCCGCAGGACAGCGCCCAAAGCCCUCAACUCCAGUCCUAGGGGAUCUAGUGCCCUCUUCUGGCCGCCUCGGGCACUGCAUAUAUGUGGUGCACAGACGCACAGGCAGGCCAAACACCUACACAUAGAAGGUAGUAGUCUGAUGAUGACAAAAAUAAGGUGAGUGGUUAGGGGAGACAGGAAGAGGAGGAGAACCGGAUGGACUCUUCAGAGAAGCCCUGCCUCUGCUGUCACUACAGAUACUCAAGCCCAGCCAGCCUGGAGGGGAAGCAAGCCUGUGCUGGCCGUGCCUCUGAUACCUGAGCCUCGCCUUUCCCAGUAUCUUUACUUCGGCAGAAGACUUGCUUGGACUGCUGUGAUAGAACCUGAGAGGGGAUUUUUGUGGAGUGGGGGUGGAGUGGGGGGUGGAGUGGGGGAGCUGUUUGUUUUGUCAGUGACAGCAAUUUGCCUAAAGCAAAAAAAUUCAGGAAGAUGAGUAGAAUAAACAAAAAUAAUCACCUCUUUCCUCUUCCAGAGUUUGUGAACAUGAAACGUGUAGCGCCAAAAUAUUCAGCUAAGGAUGGGAAGGCAGGAGCAGCACGGCCCCCUGGAAGGGCCAGGGAGAGGAGGCUGCUGAGGAAUGCUCAUCCCUGGCCCACCCUCUGGAGGCUUGGGGAAGGAGGCUAGCCCAGAGUGCUCCAGGCAGUGGCUUGUUCUGCUGAAAUGGGGAAGGAGCACCCAGGGAGAAAGCUGGGCCUGGUGGGAGCCCCUGGGAAGAGGUCUGUGUCUGGAGCUAUGAGCAAGACGCUGCCUUAAUCUGACUACCCUGGAAAGGGAGCUUUGAGACAGGGCUUGGAAACAGGCAUAGAUUUAGGAAGCGGCACCAGGAAGCAGGAGUGGGGAGCAGGAAGAGUGAGGCAGGGAAGGAGGGAAGGCCAGCUUUCGGGUAUGCUCAGGAGGUGGAGGGUCUACACAGUGAAGACCUGCCUCUGCUCCCCACUGGAUGUUCUGAGAGACGUGCCAAGGGGCUCCCCGGGAUCGGCAGCCAGAUCCUCGGGAGGUCACAAGAUUUCCUCGGGACUUCAGGGAAGAUGCUCCAGGGUGCUCGCUCCACUCUGAGCUAUACCCCUGCUGCUGAGAUUCCUUCCCAUCGAGAGACAAGAACGAAGUCAACCUUGUUUCCUAAGGUCCCAAUGACAAGCACCCCAGGGCCCACGACUCCCCCGGCAUACGGCAGCCAACAGUCUCUUUCGGCACCGUCUCCUACCAAGUGGUCACGGUACAGCGGCACGAACCGUCUCCCCGAAAGUGGCCAGAGGUCAAAUCUCCAGCUAACUCGAUGGCAUGCUCUUCUGCCCUCCAGGCACAGACGGGAUUGCUGACUGCUGGGCUGCCUCCGGGUUCAGCAGAAGACCCCAUUUCAAGAGAAGAAGGCAGAGCGUGCUAGAAUAGAACACUCAACAUCCUCUGGCCUCCACAAAGCACGUGGGAGUUGGGCUGACUAGUUUUUAUGUCAACCUGACACCCGGGCUAGCGUCACUUUGGAAGCGGAAAACUCCGAUGAGAAGAUGCCUACACCAGAUCGGCCUGUGAGAAAGCCUGCGGAGCAUUUUCUUGGUUGAUGAUUGAUGUGAGUCAUCCAGUGGGUACGACCCCUGGGCAAACAGUCCUAGACGAUAUGAGAAAGUAAGCUGAGGAAGCGUUGGUGAGCAAGCCGGUAAGCAGCACCCCUCCAUGGUCUCAGCACUAGUGCUCGCCUCCAGAGUGCCGCCCUGAGUUUCUCCCUCACUUCCUCUGUUGAUGGGCUGUGACGUAGAGGUGGAAGGGAAAUAAGCCCUUUCCUCCCCAGGUUGCUUUUUGGUCAUGGUGUUUUAUCACCAAACUAGAAACCAUAAGGCAGACACAUACACUAAUAGCACACAGGCAUACACCCAGUGUGUGUAAUCUCUACUCCUGAGCAAGCUGAGGCAGGAGGAUCACUUGAGCACAGGCGUUAAAGUCAGCCUGAGCAACAGAGCAAGAUGCUCACAAAACAAAACAACCAGCCUUUUGGGUUUCUCUGUGUAGCCUUGGCUGUCCUUGGCUGUAGACUAGGCUGGCCUCGAACUCACAGAGAUCCGCCUCCCAAGUGCUAGGAUUAAAGGGGUACACCACCACCACCCUGCCCCAAACCAGUCAGUUUUAAACUCUCAUUUCAAAGUGUCCUCUCGUGUAAGUAGCGUGAGGGCUGGGAUGGAGAGAUGGCUCAGCAGGUAAGAGCCCUUGCUUCUCUUGUAGAGGACCUGGAUUCGGUUCCAGCAUCCAUGGCAACUCACAACCAUCUGGAACUCAAGCAGCAGAGGUUUCAGUGCCCUCUUCUGGCUGCCCUGGGAACUGCAUGCACAUGUGCUCAUGGAUAAAUGCAGAGUCUUCCUUGGGUAGUUAGCCACCUGAACACAGCAGGGCCUGCCCUUCUAGAAGCUAGGCUUCCUGCCUCAGAGGCUCAAGAAGAAAAGGGUGUCCGUGUUCUGUCAGCAGAGAGAAGUCUGAGCCUGAAGACAGCAGCUUACAACCGGCACCUCAAUCACCCCAAUCACCCCCAAACACCACUGCUAACCAAGGAAGACGCACUUGAUAAACAUUAUCCCCCAGUACAGCAGCUAUGUCAAAACACACAGGGACAUGGGUCCCCUUUCCGCUGUACCUUGGCUGGAGCAAGGACAGCUCAAAUGUCAAGAUUAAAAACAGUGAGUUGGAGCAUUUAACAAAUUUUUGUAUUCUCUGGGUCAUAUUAAUUAACUAUUCUCUGGGUUGCAUUGUUUGCUAAAGAAUGUGAUGCCUGCAGUCUAUGCAGGUUGAGACCCCAAAACUAGAUAAACAUGUUUUGAUGUGGCUUCUUU